UCCGGGAAUCGCAGGCGGCGCGCCCAUUGGCUCCCGAGAUCACGUGGGCCCAACUUUGUUCACUUGACAGUAAGUAGGAGGGCUUUGGGAAACAGGAAAACGAGUCAGGGAUAGGAAUAAAUUUUAGUAUAUUUUGUGGGCAAUUCCCAGAAAUUAAUGGCUAUGAGUUCUUUUUUGAUCAACUCCAACUAUGUGGACCCCAAAUUCCCUCCCUGCGAGGAAUAUUCCCAGAGCGAUUACCUACCCAGUCCCUCGCCGGGAUAUUACAGCGACAACCAGAGGCGAGACAGCAGCUUCGAGCCUGAGGCGGGCUAUCCGCGGCGCUCAGCCUGCACGGUCCAGCCGUACUCCUCCUGUCAGGACUCCGGCCACCCGCCGCCGGCGGGGCUGCCCCCUCGGGGCCACGGGCAUCCUCCGCCGGCCGGGCUCCAGGACCACCUCGCCGAGGCCGCCCAGCGCUGCGAGGCGGUCAGCCCGAGCCCCCCGCCUCCACCUUGUAGCCAAAACGCCCUGCACCCCAGUCCUUCCCACUCCUCUUGCAAAGAGCCCAUAGUCUACCCAUGGAUGAGAAAGGUUCAUGUGAGCACGGUAAACCCCAAUUACACGGGAGGGGAACCGAAGCGCUCUCGGACCGCUUACACACGCCAGCAAGUCUUGGAGCUGGAGAAGGAAUUUCAUUACAACCGCUACCUGACCCGGCGGCGGAGGGUGGAGAUAGCGCACGCCCUGUGCCUCUCCGAACGCCAGAUCAAAAUCUGGUUCCAGAACCGAAGGAUGAAAUGGAAAAAAGACCACAAGUUACCCAACACCAAGAUUAGGUCCAAUUCUUCCAGCUCGUCCGGAGGGGCUCAGAACCGAACCAACGGAGCCUCUUCUUCGUUAUAACUGCUCCCGUACAGGGGAAGA